UUCCACUUGGAUCCAACUGGAGACAUUUCACCAGACCAUCUUUUUGAGACCAGAAAAUUUUGAUCCCAAUUUAAGAACUUCUUGUCCUGUGAUUUUCUUUAUAUAAUCCUAAAUAUGUCUCACGCUUUGAGCAUCAAACUUCAGUUAAACUUCUCUCACAAUGGAAUUCCAUUACAGCCUUAAACACAACAUGAAUUCUGAAUAUGAAGAUGAUGAUGUCUUUUAUGCCGAGCUUAGAAGGCAGAUUCUUCUUUUAACCCUGGAUGAAGAUGAAGAUUUUCUUGACAACAAACACAGAAACUGCAGUACAGUUCGUAAACAACGAUCAAAUAACUCUGCAAGUCUUUCUUCUGCAUUGCAACAUGGAAGCUAUUUCGGUUGGUCGGAAUUUGAGAAGAAUAAUUCAGUGCCAACUUGGCUUGUGAAUAUCUGGAGAUAUGGCAAUGGCAACAAUACAAAUAUUAAUAAUGGAACUGGAGUGUUCAUCCCCCGUAUUGUACAAUCAAGAAGACAUAAGCCAGGAAGAACAAGAAAUGAAAGGCGAAUACCCAGACAUGGACCUAGAAACGAACGCCAUUGAUCUUUCUGCAAUUUGUUGGCACUACAAAAGAUACAUAACCCAUAAUCCAUUGUUUGUGCAAUUUCACGGCUCGGCAAUCAGCCUUGAUGGAAUGCCCGGUUAAUGUAGCUCUA